UCCCCCUCCCAAAUUUAAGACGCGGUUUCCCCACUCUGUGCCAAUCAUUCCCCUUCGAUCCGCGGUCAGCUAUGGCGGCGCCGACUCUGCGCUUCGCCCUCCUGCUGGCCCUUCUCAUCCAGGACACAGGAGCCGAAUGUGUCUACUCCUGGAACUCCUCAGGCUCCUCGGCUAUCGUUCUCUGUUCCUCUUGUGCGGGGAUCUGUUAUGAGUAUGAUGGUUGUUAUUGUUCCAAUGGUUUUGAUGUUUGUCUCCCGGAUGGGAACGUUACAUGCAAUGUUAAUGAUCUCAGCUACUGCUGCCCCUCAGGGUUAUAUUAUAAUCAGACCUCCCCAUGCUGCACAGAGACAUCGAUCUGCUAUGGGGGGUGCGCUACAGACGAGGUGUGCGACAUGGGUGUGUGUGUGUGCAAUUCCAGCAUCUAUCAAGAUAAGACUCUUACAGAUUUCCACCCUGCGGUGAGCUGCGAUUAUGAAGCGAUGACGGGUUCUGCCAGCCAAUGUCUGCUCUCCUCCCUGGGUUAUGACUUCACAUCUAUUCAUCUGAGGAACUCAUCAGAGAUCUGCAUAUAUCCUUAUCCCAAUAUCGCUAACGGGCAGAGAGUCCUCUCCGUGCAAGUCUACCCAGCACCCGGCUGGUGCGGGAGCACGGUAACGGUAAGGAUGGAUCACAUUCACUCCAUAAUUCUACAACUGACCUCCAGACCGACACCUACAGAUCCACAAAUGUCACCUGAAGAAGGAUCCAGACUCUUUCUCACCAACACCAUAUACAUCGGUGCGCCAGUAAACUCCAAUGUCACCGUCAAUCCAAUCAGCUUCAACAUCACCUGCCCGCUCUUGACCGGGACAUACCCCCUCGCUCAGUAA